CAUUUGACAUUACGUUACCAGUUCACAAGCGACAACCGAGGUGUCUGGUACACUUAUUUUAAGCGUUUUUCUGAAAGGAAUUAUUUUUCAGGCAAAAGAAAUAAUGCGGCAUGUAGUGCUUUUGCUCCUUGGAGCUCAUCUUGCCUAUGCAGGAACACACUCUCUGAGAUACUUCUACACUGGUGUGUCUGGAGACAUUGACUUCCCAGAGUUCACAGCGGUUGGUCUGGUUGAUGAAGGGCAGUUUAUAUACUUUGACAGCAACACAAUGAAAGCUGUGCCAAAGACAGAGUGGAUCAGACAGAAUGUGGGAGCAGAUUACUGGGACGGACAGACUCAGAUUGCAACUGACACACAUCCAACCUUCAAAGUCAGCAUCCAGACGAUAAAGGGACGCUUCAACCAGUCAGCAGGUACGCUGGUAACAAACCCACCUACACACACACA